UUUCAAAUCUCUACAGGAGAAAUAUUGCUUUUUCUCAAUAUCUUGGUGAUAUUAGCUAUUCUUUGCCUAAAGAUCCUCGCAUAGUCAUUACAAAUACAUUAAAUCUUUCUUUUUCUUCUAUUUUUGUUCAUUCUCCUCUUCCUGAAACUUUAAGUUUUCACAGAUGGAUCACCUACUCGAGGUGUUGUAGUUUGGACAGAUGGUCAACAAUGGUUUUCUAAAUACACUUCAAUUCAGACAUCUGCUCAAUGUUCUGAGUUGGCUGUUGUUAUUUUGGCUUUAAGAUUAUUUUCUGACCAAUCUCUUAACUUAAUUGUUGAUUCACAAUAUGUAUUUCUUAUAAUGCAGUCUCUUCCUUAUGCUUAUUGUUCAGCUUCUCUUGGUGUCAAUCUCUUAUCUUUAUUUUUAUCUCUAAAACAUAUUUUGGAAGAAUGUGUUUUUCCUUUAUAUGUUGAACACAUUAGAAGCCAUACUCCUUUUCAGAAUUCUUUGACAGAAGGAAAUCAACGAGCUGAUGAAGCUCUGAAAGAUAUUGCAAUACUAUUUUCUGAUCCUGUUGCUAGUUAUUCAUAUUUUCAUCAAAAUGCUAAGUCUUUGGCUAAACAAGUUCAUAUUCCCUUUUCUCAGGCUCGUGAUAUUGUUCGAGGAUGUAUUUCUUGUCAACAAUUUGCUGUUCCUUUUCCUAUGGGAGUAAAUCCUCAUGGAACAAAAGCUAAUCAAAUUUGGCAAAUGGAUGUCACACAAUUUCCUAAUUUUAAGCCAUACACUUAUUUGCAUGCAUCCAUUGAUACAUAUUCUCACUUUUUGUGGGUUACUGCUUCUAGACAUGAGCGCACUUAUGAUGCAGUAUUCUCAUUGUCUUUCUGCCUUUUCUGCAAUGGGCCAACCGACUCAACUGAAAACAGACAACAGUCCGGUAUACACUAGUAAGGACUUUGUUUCCUUUUGUCAACAAUGGAAUAUUAAGUUGACUCAUGGAAUUCCUUACAACUCUCAAGGGCAAGCUAUAAUUGAGCGAGCUCAUUGAACAUUUAAAGCUACAUUAACUAAAUUACUGAAAACUGAAUCUGGUCCACACAAUUUGUGGAAGAUUCAAAAUUUGAUCUCUAUUGCUCUUUAUGCUUGGAAUUACUUAACCUUUUUAGAUUCCUUUUCAGAAAUUCCAGUCAGUUUACAUUUUCAUAUUCAGGAUCCUGUCUCUUGACCUCUGAUAUCCUAUCGUCAACCUCCUGAUCCUGCUUGGCGUGGACCUGUUAAACUUAUAACCUGGGGUCGUGGUUACGCUGAAAUUGAAGAUCCGCAAACAAAACAAGCUAUGUGGAUUCCAGGCCUGUGUGUUCGUGCUUAUCAUGGCGUGGCAUCAGAGUCUUCACAAUCCCAUUCCAAACUUCAAUCCGAAUCUCAAAAUGGAGCCUCAUCUUCCCAGGUCGCCACAUCCUUCUGCCAUGACUUGGGGUAAAGUUAAAGCUACUACCUAUGAAGCUCAACAACAACUAAAGAAAGCUUCUUUACCUCAAACUCCAGAGAAUCUUGUAGCUGCAGUUUUUGCUGUUAUAAGUGCUAAUUCUAUUACUAUUCUUUUGUGUUGUUUUCUUUGUUUUCCUCCUCCUGUUUCUACUAUUUCUGAAACAGCUCCUGCUUUUUCCCUCAGUCCUAACCUUUAGAUUUGUCAUGCUCAAUAUAUGUUUUUAAUUCAUGGUCGCAACAUAAUUUUAUAUUAUGAAUCUCCUAUGGCUCUUGGUCCAGUUGCUUUUAUUCCUAAUCUAAUUACCUCUUCUACUUUUAUUGUUUCACAACUUCAAUAUAUUUCUUCUUCUUGGUUAUUUUCUAAACCUCCAAGUCAACUGAAUUUUGUUAAAUGGAAUUAUCUUUGUAUUAAUCAGUUUACUCGAGGUUUAUGUUUUUGUUGUUAUGCUAAACAAACUUGGCUUAAUAAUUGGUCUGAUUACCCAAAAGCAAAACGUAUUUUAAAUAACUUGGGAAAUUAUAGUCAUUGUAUUCAAAAAUAUUGGUUAUGGGGUAAUAUUAAUAAAACAUCACAGGGUCAUAAUAUUGUGCCUGAUAUGUAUCCUGAUAAUUUUCCUCUUUUUGAAGCCAAAGAUUCUUUUAAUGUUGGAUCAAUUUGUGCUGGCUGGCAGUUAAAAGAUCCUACUAUGUGGUUCUUCUUUGAUAAAUAUGCAACAAAUGUACACCCUCAGAACUAUCAAUGUGCUGCAAUUGGAUAUUUGUCAUUACCAGUACAAAUAGGUGUUCCUGGUCAAUUAUCAUCUCGCAGGAAGCGUGCAGCCUUGGGACCAGCAUGUUCUGAUGAAGUCAUCAUGGACACUCAACUUUCUGCAUUGUCUACCUAUGGACGUGCAAUUGCUGGAGCAAUAACUGGAGUCAUUACCUUCGGAUCAUAUCCAGGAAUAAUUGCUCAAGAAAAUAGACAUUCUAUUUUAGGACUUACAUGUCGUUUAGAAAAAUCAAUCAAUGCUACUGUUGCAAUCAUUCGAGAUUUACAGAAUGAAAUUGAAGAAUUAAAUCAAGAUAUGCUUCAACAACGUUUUGCUAUAGACUAUUUGUUGGCUCGUCAAGGUGGAUUUUGUACCUUGGUUGGUCAGCUUGCUUGUGCUGUGCAUUUUCAUUCACUUAAUAAAACUAUUGAGGAUGAACUAGCUAAUUUACAGGCUUCCAUAAAAGAUAAUGUUCAUGAAAAAAUUUUCUCCUUUUGAUUGGUUAACUAAUUGGUUACCUGAUUUUUCUUGGUUAAAACUAUUGUUUUUCUAUGGUUUGAUUAUAUUUGUUUUUCUUAUAAGUUGUGGUUGUUUUAUACAAUGUAUUCCUUCAUUUUGUGCUCUUUUCCGUAAGCCUUCUCCAAUUACUUUGCAUCCAAUUCAAUUGCGUGCUAUUGAAAAAUCUCUCUUUUCUUCAUUAAAAACAAAAAGCGAGGAAAUGAUGGGCUUGUGAAAGGUUAACAUUUUGUUGUUCAUCAUGUAUGCAUUUUGGAAUGCGGGUAGCGCUCUUAUCUUGGAUGGCAAACCUCAUUUAAGCAGCGUUCCCAGCAUAUACAAGAAUACAGGAUGAAACAAAGUCGUAGCCCUGAAACACUGUUGCAUUUGCUUUCUAGCAUAAACACGUAUUCUCACAAAAAGCCAAUGAUGUAAUUACUAACCAAUUAUUGUGCCUUGGGGACCAAUUAACCAAUAAUGAAGUAACACGUAUGUUAGGUGAGAAAUGAGAAACUGAGAAACUAUAUAAACUUUGUUUGAUGUUCAAUAAAGUGCUGUUGAUUCUGGACAUUGUUUGCUGUAAAGUCUUAUCUAUCAUCUUGAGCCUCUGGGCCCAUGCAACACAUGACGAAGAUAUUCACUUUCCCAAACCACAUAUUGCAUAGAAGAAAGUAUCAUGCAAAAAAUUUGCUUCCAGUCCUCAGGCACCAUAGUAUAUCCAUUCUUAAUUCCUUCUAAUAACCCUCUUAUAAAAUUUCCACUAAUUCCAUAAUCAGUAAUAGCUUUUUUCAACUCACGUAAAAUUUGAUAUGGCAAACCUUCCCAUUCUGCUAUCUGUUGUCCAGCUUGCGGUCCUGGAUGAUAUUGCACUGGGCAAACAGAUAACAAUUCAGCUAACUCUUCCCCAGAAAUAGCAGCAUCUUUCUUACAAUUUUCCACCAUCUUUUGAAAAGAAUAUUGUAGAACAAUGUCAGAGGGAGAUUUUUGUCCAGUAUCAGGAGGUGCAGAAGGCAGCAAAAGUUUAGUUUCAGAUACUGGAGGAAGCACUACAGCAGUAGAAUGCUGAGGCAAAGGAGGUGAUAAAAGAGAAACUUCCUCAUGGCCAAAUGUUUCCACAGCAUGCCUACACAAAUGCCAAACAUGCAAAAUUUCUAUCUCUGCUCUUGGCUCAGAAUGCAAAGCUUUACCAAUUCUUUCUCACUCUGACAAUUUUAAAGAACAGUUUUCAGGAUACCAUGAACAUCUUAAAGCAAUUUCUCGUACCAGCCAAAAAAGAGCUUUCUGUGAAACAGCUAAACCAGAUUGUUUAAGAAGAUAAGACAAUUCAUCUGCAUGCUUUCUCUGUCCAUGUGAAAGCGAAGACCCCAUACUUACAGAAACCUUGAAAGGUUGAGAAGCCUGAAGGCUGAAGAUGCACCUGUCCUUGCCGGACGAAGUAAGGGGUCCCAUGCUCUACCGACUGAGCUAGCCGGGUUUAUUUGGGUUUGAGAAAUAUAUAUAUAAAUAUAUUUAUUUUAUUUAUUUAUUUAUUUUGUCAUAACAAUAUAUGUAGGUAUCAUACAAAAAGAUUAUAUAAUAUAUAAACACAUAUAUGGGUAAAUAUAAGGAGGUAUAAGCAUAUAUGUAUAUAGGAAGAAGAAAAGAAAAACAAUAGGACAGGAACGGUAGGCACGUUUUGUGCGCUUAUGCACGCCCCUUAUGGUCCCCUUAGGAAUGGGGUGAGGUCAAUAGUAGACAGUUUUUGGUUGAAGAUUUUAGGAUUAUGGGAAGAGACCACAGAGUCAGGUAAAGUAUUCCAAGCACUGAUGAUUCUGUUACAGAAGUCAUAUUUUCUGCAAUCUAGAUUAAAGCGGUUGACAUUAAGUUUAAAUCUAUUGGUUGCUCUAGUAUUAUUGCAAUUGAAGCUGAAGUAGUCUUUAACAGGAAGGACAUUACAAUAGAUGAUUCUGUGAGUUAAACUUAGGUCUUGUCGUAGGCGACGGAGUUCCAAGUUUUCUAAGCCUAGGAUUUCAAGUCUGGUGGGAUAAGG